AUGUGUGGCGGCGCGAUCAUCUCCGAGUUCAUCCCGCAGCGCGACGCCGCCCGCGGCGGCGGCAAGCGGGGCCUCUGCGGCGAGGACUUCUGGCCGCACGCGGCCACGGCGGCCGCCGACUUCGACGACUUCGCCGCGGCCUCCUUCCAUCCCGACCAAGGGCACACGCACAGACACGCUACAGCUAGGAUAGGACACACACUCGACCGCCUGACCCUGACACCCGUGCAUGGUGCAGAGCCGCCGGCCAGGAAGCGGGAGCGCAAGACCAUGUACCGCGGCAUCCGGCGCCGCCCCUGGGGCAAGUGGGCGGCGGAGAUCCGUGACCCGGCCAAGGGCGCGCGCGUCUGGCUCGGCACCUUCGCCACCGCCGAGGCCGCCGCGCGCGCCUACGACCGCGCCGCGCGACGCAUCCGCGGGGCCAAGGCCAAGGUCAACUUCCCCAACGAGGACCCGCCGCCCGACUACGACGACGACGGCAUCCACGCCGGCGCCGCGCAGGGGAUGCUCGCCAUGUCCUGCGGCGGCGGCAGCAGGGACCACCUCGUCGACUACGACGUCGACGUCAUGCGCAUGGGGACGACGUUCUUCCAGCACCACCCGCAGCCGUCGUACGUGCCCGACGCCGUCGCCGUGGCGCAGGACCAGGCGCCCACGGUGGCGUACGUGCACCACCAGCUGCCGCCGCAGGUCGACGCCACCGGGAUGGAGAUAUGGACGUUCGACGCCAUCAACACGGCCGAACCCAUGUGA